AUGAGACGUGGAACUGGUGCUUUUAAAUCAAGAGUGGGAUUGCCAGCACCUACUCCUGUGAUUAAUAGUAAAUACGGACUGAGAGAAACAGAUAAACGAUUGAACAGACUUAAAAAGUUGGGUGACAGCAGCAAAAACUCAGACAGCCAGUCCGUCAGCUCUAACACUGAUGCAGAUACCACUCAGGAAAAAGCUAAUGCAACUAACAGAAAAUCUUCAAUUGGUGUAAAAAAGAACAGCAAAAAUAGAACAUUAACAAGACAGUCUAUAUCAAGAAUUCCAGCAUCAUCAAAUUCUACCUCAUCUAAACUAACUCAUAUAAAUAAUUCCAGGGUACCAAAGAGACUGAAAAAGCCUGCAAAGCCUUUACUUUCAAAGAUAAAGUUGAGAAAUCAGUGCAAAAGGCCAGAGCAAAAGAAUGCUUCUAGAAAGCUCGAAAUGGGAAAUUUAGUUCUCAAAGAGCCUAAAGUAGUUUUAUAUAAAAACUUGCCCAUUAAAAAGGAUAAAGAAUUGGAGGGACCAGUCAAAGUUGCAGUCUCUAGUGGAUGCUUAACAAGGCAUGCAGCAAGAGAACAUAAACUGAAUUCUGUGAAAGGUGCUCAUGAGCAUGGUGAUAUACCACCCUGCACAUACAUAACAAGGAGGUCAAUGAGAGCAAGGAUGAAUUUGAAGGAGACCUCUGACAUAAAGCUUGAACCAAAUAUGUUGGAUAGCUAUAAGAAUAAUUUGACCGGAACACAAUCGGACAUGUUAGAGCAGCAGUCUCAUGUGAUAAACAAAAAUGAUGUGGCUCAUGGACCAUCACAUAAAGGGGAAAUUAGGUGCCAGAAAAAUGAUGCAGGCAUGUCAAAAAAGAAAUCUCGACAAGGAAAACUUGUGAAACCAUCUGCAAAAAUAGAAGAAACUGAUACUACGCACAAUACACUUGUGAAAGAUGAAGUACCAGAUUUGAUCAGUUCUCAUUCAGAACACGGAGAGAGGAAUAAUGUGGUGGACACACCUGUUGGCCAUAAAGACUGUAUCCCUGGAUCUGGUGGCUGCUCUGUUGUAACAUCUGACAAUUUUAAAUCAAAAGACAGCUUUAGAACUGCAAAAAGUAAAAAGAAAAGACGAAUCACGAGGUAUGAUGCACAGCUUAUCCUUGAAAAUAGCUCUGGGAUCCCUAAACUGACUCUUCGUAGACGCCAUGAUAGCAGUAGCAAGGCAAAUGACCAAGAAAGUGAUGGAAUGAAUUCUUCAAAAAUAAGCAUCAAAUUAAGUAAAGACCAUGAAAAAGAUAAUAAUUUAUAUGUAGCAAAGCUAAAUAAUGGGUUUAACUCAGGAUCAGGCAAUAGUUCAACAAAAUUAAAAAUACAGCUAAAACGAGAGGAAGAAAACAGAGGGACGUACCCUGAGGACCUUCAUGAAAAUGGUAUGUGUUGCAGUGAAACUCUCUCCCUUUUGGAGUCAAGAAUGGAAGUAGAUGAUUAUGGUCACUAUGAAGAGGAAACAGAUGAAUCUUCAUCAGAAGAGGAUGAUGAAGAGGAAGAUGACUAUGAUGAUGAAUUUGAUGACUUUAUUCCUCUUCCUCCAGCAAAGAGAUUAAGGCUUAUUGUUGGCAAGGAUUCAAUAGAUAUUGAUAUUUCUUCCAGGAGGAGAGAAGAUCAGUCUUUAAGGCUCAAUGCAUAAGCUUAUAGGUCUUAAACUGACCUGGAUGUCAUUUUUUAAAAA